GAGGUCCACAGGCACGCCUCCCUCUCCCCUCCACGCGCUGCAGGGCUAGUGCGCUCCCCGCUCAGCUCCUCCAUCCGGGGCUGCGGAGGCUGCCGGGGCGGACGGAGCCCUCGAGGGUGCAGGCCCGGGAGGCCCGAGCGCUUCCCCACGCCCCGCCGGCCCGCUAGUCUGAGCAGCGGCGCGGGCAGGGAGGCCUGGCCGUUCCGCGCUCGGAGGUUUUGUGGAAGUCUAAUACUUCGUCAUUAUGAGAUGUCGUCUCUCGGUACCUCCUUUGUGCAAAUCAAAUUUGAUGACUUGCAGUUUUUUGAAAACUGCGGUGGAGGAAGUUUUGGGAGUGUAUAUCGAGCCAGAUGGAUAUCCCAGGACAAGGAGGUGGCUGUAAAGAAGCUGCUCAAAAUAGAGAAAGAGGCAGAAAUACUCAGUGUCCUCAGUCACAGAAACAUCAUCCAGUUUUAUGGAGUAAUUCUUGAACCUCCCAACUAUGGUAUCGUCACAGAAUAUGCUUCUCUGGGAUCACUCUAUGAUUACAUUAAUAGUAACAGAAGUGAAGAGAUGGACAUGGAUCACAUUAUGACCUGGGCCACUGAUGUAGCCAAAGGAAUGCACUAUUUACAUAUGGAGGCUCCUGUCAAAGUGAUUCACAGAGAUCUCAAGUCAAGAAAUGUUGUUAUAGCUGCUGAUGGGGUAUUGAAGAUAUGCGAUUUUGGUGCCUCUCGGUUCCAUAACCAUACAACACACAUGUCCUUGGUUGGAACUUUCCCAUGGAUGGCCCCAGAAGUUAUCCAGAGUCUCCCUGUGUCUGAAACUUGUGACACAUAUUCCUAUGGUGUGGUUCUCUGGGAGAUGCUAACAAGGGAGGUCCCCUUUAAAGGUUUGGAAGGAUUACAAGUAGCUUGGCUUGUAGUGGAAAAAAACGAGAGAUUAACCAUUCCAAGCAGUUGCCCCAGAAGUUUUGCUGAGCUGUUACGUCAGUGUUGGGAAGCUGAUGCCAAGAAACGGCCAUCUUUCAAGCAAAUCAUUUCAAUUCUGGAGUCCAUGUCAAAUGAUACUAGCCUUCCUGACCAGUGUAACUCAUUCCUGCACAACAAGGCAGAGUGGAGGUGCGAAAUUGAGGCAACUCUUGAGAGGCUGAAGAAACUAGAACGGGACCUCAGCUGUAAAGAGCAAGAGCUGAAAGAGCGGGAAAGACGUCUGAGGAUGUGGGAGCAAAAGCUGACGGAGCAGUCCAACACCCCGCUUCUCUUGCCUCUUGCUGCAAGAAUGUCUGAGGAGUCUUACUUUGAAUCUAAGACAGAGGAGUCAAACAGUGCAGAGAUGUCAUGUCAGAUCACAGCAACAAGUAACGGGGAGGGCCAUGGCAUGAACCAAAGUCUGCAGGCCAUGAUGCUGAUGGGCUUUGGGGAUAUCUUCUCAAUGAACAAAGCAGGAGCUGUGCUGCAUUCUGGGAUGCAGAUAAACAUGCAAGCCAAGCAGAAUUCUUCCAAAACCACAUCUAAGAGGAGGGGGAAGAAGGUCAACAUGGCCCUGGGGUUCAGUGAUUUUGACUUGUCAGAAGGUGACGAUGAUGAUGAUGAUGAUGAUGACGGUGAUGAGGAGGAUAAUGACAUGGAUAAUAAUAGUGAAUGAAAGCAGACAGCAAAGUAAGAAAAUUGAAAAUGUUCGGCAAACCAAAAGAAACUUGCUACUCAGUCUGUACGAAAACCAAUAAGGAGGUAGAAAAGUAAGCACGGAAUUUUUAAGCCAAUCACAUUUCUAUGACAGUCAUUUCUUUAAUGAUUUUACUUUUUUUUUUUUCCUGCUUACAGAAAAAUGGGGGUGUGGGGGAGGGUUAAGCCAGAAAGGUAUAUUUAAUGAGUCAGCAAAUGUGGUGCCUGAUUAUAGAAAUUUGUGACUCUAUUAUACAAUAUAGUAUUUUUCACAACUAAUUAUAUUCUGGCUUUUUUUUUUUUUCAAGCAAAUACUUUAUACUUUGAUUUGAUUUCAUUUAUUUAAUUGCUUAAGAAAACUUACAUUUUGAAAAAGCACUCUUAACUCCUAAUUCUUCUUAGACACUGAUUUUCUUGUAACACACUACAUUUCUUUUUCUUCUGGCAAUAUGCUGUGCUGUCAGAAAUAAUUGAGAGUGACUACAAAAUCCAACAAUAAAAAAAUUGAGAUGAAAGGCGGCGAUCACAAAUACUUCAGAAAUACCUAAAUGCCAAGAAUUUUCAAUACUUAAUAGCACAACUACUCACAGUAAAACCUGAGAGAUGUUCUUAAUAGUAUACUGGAAGAAGAAAUACUCUAAUUUGAAACCAACAGCAGAUGUUGCAGGCUUUCAUGCCAGUGCUAGCCCUGGAAGCUUCUGAACAACACAUGAUCAUCUGAGGCGUAGUUUAUAAAAGAAGGCUAUGGUCUUAAAGGGAAACUUACAGGCAGGGCAGCUCAAGUGCUAAUACAGACCUGCUCUGCGCUGCCGGUAAGGAUAUACGCAUGUUCUUUUUCCACAGGGGCAUGAAUUCUGGGUUCUAAAUAUAUGCAGAGAUGUUUUAAAGAGGGAACUAAAUAUAUAAAGGGAAGAGCGAAGGUAAAUUGUAUCUACUGAGACAGACGUGGAGGAUGAAGGGUCCUUUUUAAUUCAGAUCCAGCCUCCCAGAGUGUUUUGGGUUUUUUUUUUUUUUUUGACCUGGAUUGAGCCACACUGGUGAUAAAUGGAAGUGAAAACCUGGUUCUCCAGAGAGAGGUUCUCAGGAUGUUAUCACAUUUGUCAAAGCUAUAAAACACUGUUUGAAAAAAACAAAACAAACUACAAAACAUUUGUAGUCCUUAUAUAUACAAGAAAGGCAAAAGAAUAAAAACUUUUUUCAGCCUAUUUUGGAAAGAAGGGCCAUUCAUUUGACUAUUAAACUAAAACACUUUUGGUAGUUCUUUUUAUGGGGAAUUUAAGAAAGGAUAUCAUCAUAGAUAUUAUCUAAUACUAUUUCCAAGUAUACUCAAUCAGGAAAAGUCUCUGGAAAUUUGAAGCAUGACAGGCUUCUAAUCCCUAUUAACAGCUGAAAAAUACCACAAAAUGAUCAGUACACUGUGCCAGCUUUAUUUGGAGAAAAAUAACUAUUAAAAUGUCCUGGGGUGUGAAAUGCAGAACAGUCUAUAUGCCAUGGUGAUAAAGAGAAGGAUCUGUACUCAAAUUAUGAUUCAAAACUGCCAUGUAAUCUGUUAGAAAUUAUUUAACCUGCGUAUCUGUCUGCUCAUUUUUGCCAUGGGAAUGGUAACAGUACCCACUUCGAAGGAUUGCUGAAGGGAUUAAAUGAAAUAAUACAUGUAAAGCACUUAACACAGAACCAGGCCCAUGGGAAGUGGUCAGUUAACUUUAGCAAGUCUUCAUUAUGCCAGUGAAAAAUAAGUGGUUACAGUAACCUGGAAAACUAAACUAUCAACUUCAAGUAAUACUUAUUGAGUAGUAGGUGAUGAAAGUUAAAGUAAACAGCUUUCGGGAAAGAUGAAGAAAGCAUUCUUAGAACAUAAACUAUAUAAACAAAUUUAACCUGGUGUUCUUUGAAGACUACGUACCUGAGGGGUUUGCAGGCCCUGCUACCACCCAUAGACUAAGUAAAAACAGAACAAAUAGGUAAGUCUUUCCCCUGGGAGAUGGGUUCCCUCCAUACCCAAUCCAGUACACCUUCUGUCUAUGCAGCCAUUCACAGAUGCACACUACACAGUGCUGCCGGCAAACAGGCACAAACCUCAACAGGUGUCCUGUCCGUGCGCAGACGUAAGAGGAGCACUCCUUGACUCAAGCUGAGCCCCUCAAGCUGAACAUCUGGGAGCCAAGCAGAGGGGUGGUUUUCAACUCUUGACUUCCCAGCAUGCCCUGGGGGCACUGUAGUCCAGCAACCUGGAGGAGAGAAUCAAGGAGAGAGUAGUUAAAAUUUUUUUUUAAUGUUUAUUUAUUUUUGAGAGAGAGAGAGAGACAGAAUGCGAGUAGGUUGGGGGAGAGAGAGAGAGGGAGACACAGAAUCCGAAGCAGGCUCCAGACUCCGAGCUGUCAGCACAGAGCCCGACGUGGGACUCGAACUCACAAGCUGUGAGAUCAUGACCUGAGCUGAAGUCGGACGCUCAACCGACUGAGCCACCCAGGUGCCCCAAGUAGGAAGUAGUUUAAAAGCCUCUUGCACAUCUUUCUAGAGAAAGAUAAAGUCAUUCAUUCCACAGAUAUUCAUUGAGCCCCUUCUCUGUGCCAGGGACUGUUCCAGGGACCAGCUAGAGGGAGACCCUGGUGCUCAUGGAGCACACCUGCUAGUGAGCAGAGAUCCUGACAGUAAACAAAACAAGUGGGUUCUAUAGUACGUAAACACUUGUUAAGUGCAUGCUGAAAAACGGAGCAGGGAAAGAAGAUGACACACGCGGAGGAAUGUUGUGGGUUUUCAAGUGUGGUCGGACAAGGCCUCGCUGAUCAGGGAAUGUCUGUGGGCUAAUUUUGAGAUCUGCGCACUUUAUGUAAGAAUGUAAACCCUGCCUCUCAUUCAAGAAUCCUCAUCAACAAAUUUAGAACAUAUAAACAGAACGAAACUGACAUUUUUUUCUUAAUUUACAUAUAAAUCUAUCGUAAUUACACAUAAAGUUUCGGUGCACUAAUAGAAGCAGCCAAACAGGGCUAGAAGAGAAAGGUAAUAGGACUCUACUCAGACCUAGGGGUUACUGUUAAUUAGGGAAUAUCUCCCUGAUCUCUCCACUGCUGUCCUCUUCCUCACCAGUAUUCAGGGAUUUAGGGUACAGCAGAAUUGAAAACUUCAGUGAUAAGCUUGAAAUUGUUCUCCACCUGGAAUUGUAUUUUAUUAUAGGUAAUUAUCAUACAGCAUUACUUUAUGUUUCAGAUAAGUCCCUUUCUAGGGUUUUGAACAUCCCUAAAGUCUAAAUCCUAUAAACAAAAUUUUAAAGUGGUCUCACUCUAUCUGUGAAGAUUAUUUAGAAGACUUUAGACUCUUAUUACUUUUCAAAGGAACUGUUUAUUAUGCACAUUUCCUAAUGAUGUUAAUUGUACAGCUUCUAAUUCACUUUUCAAAUCAGUUUUUCAAAUGGCAAAUUGUUGAUGUUGGAUUUAUUUCCAAUUACUUGACUUACAAAAGUGUAUACUUAUAAAGAAACACUAAGAAAUUUAAAGAUUCACAAUAAUUGAAACUCUAAAUUGUCAUAAUUUUCAGUCCUACAACUGAAAAUAUAAUUACUCUUUUUCAUCUCUUUUUCUAUAUUCAUAAAGUUGACGAUCUAGAAUUUGAUGACUCUCUACCAGCCAUUCUCGUCUUGGGCACCUAAUGAUGUUUGGUGGGGGGGGGGGGGGGGGGAGGCUGGAGAAUAUUUUUGGUUGUCACAGUGACUGGGGUGUAUUUAAUGCCCAGUGCCAAAAAUGGUAACAUCCUGCAUGCCAGGGACAGUCCCACCCAAUAAAGAAUUCCAUUUACCAAUAGCAUUGUCCCUUUCCCCUUUAAGAAACUUGCUAAACCUGGCAGUUUUACAGUUCUGUAUCAAAUUUUUCUCCCUCAAACAAAAUUGCUCAAGUCAAAAGAUGCAUUUCCAAAAUUACAACUACUGUACAAUCUAUAGUUUAUAGGUUUGUGGCAUUUAUCUUAAAUCCUCCCUUGUGGAAAUGGUUUCUUUCCCCUUAAGAAUGCUGGUGGAAACUUUAUCUGGGGUGGGGGUUGGUGUCACUCUGUUACACUAAUUCCAAAAUAAGUAAAAAAGGAAAACAUCACUGAGGGAGCUAUAGUUCUUCAAAGCAGCCAGGUUAAUUUAAAAGGGCUGUGUGUGUGUGUGUGUGUGUGUGUGUUAAGUAAAAUCACAUUUUAAUAUUUUACAUUAAUAACCAAUGGGAAGAGUUGAAGGCACAUAGGACACUUGUUUUGGAUCCUCUGGAAAUGUUGAGGGCCAGUUUUUAGCCAGUGAUGUUUAACAUGCAGCAAAUCUGUUCGAUUUUAACACCAGCUGAGUUAAUUCAAAAUUGAUUCCCAUUAAAAUCAAGGAAUCAGACGUAAGAUUUGGGAGAGAUCCAGAAUGACUUCUCCUAGAACUAUGAUGUACAUAACUAUUUUUCAGAGUUUUCAUUGGAGUAGUAAGAAUUUCAUGAAAGAUCAUUUUAAAAGCUAUUCUGAGUUAAAUAUUGAGACUUUUUUGGUUUUUGAUACGCUAGACUUGUUGCAGCAUUUGAAAACUAGCACAUUCUCACUCUACCACAUAUGAGAGAGCAUAAUUUUUCUAUAAUCAGGCACCUUUUGCUGCUUUUGAGUAAGACUGUUUUCCUGUUUAGACUUUAAGCGUUGCCAGAAAGAACAAUCUGUUCUGUUCUUUCGAUUGUGGCCCAGCCUGAUAGCUGUAGCAUUUCUGUGAUGAAAAAGGAGCGUGUACCAGGAAAUCUGAAGGGCUAGCUAGCCAUGUUCGUUUAUGCUUCAACUAUCAGUUGCACACUGUUGCCUAUGAGGAGCUUUCUGGCAUGUGAUUAGUGACUUUAAAACUAGUGUUUCAAGCACCUACAUUAAUUAUUUUAUGUUGUGUGCAGAACAGUUUAACUUUUAAUGUCAGAUACAAUACACUGCACAUAUUGCUUUUGCACUUUUAGAAAUUUUGUACUAAAUAGGAAAUAUUUAUAUUCUUUGAGUGUGAGCUUUGAAUAGAUGGCAUUAUCACUUUAUUUUUUAACAAAACCUUUUUCUCAACUAUUCUGUUGCAAUGUUAUUCUGAGCAAAUCCUAUGCCAAAUAUCUUGUAUAAUGUUUGUAUGGGAGAUUACAUAUCACUCGUGUGUGCUAAGACUACUCAGUUAUUGAUUUCAUAGUUGGAAUUUGAUAUUCCAGCACAAGUCCACAAUGUAUUCAGAAAUCCAAGUUGGUGUCAUACAUUUCAUUUUGAUGUGAACUUUGCUUUUUUCUUUGUUUUAAGACUCCAUUUUGCAAUAAACGUUUUGACAGUAAA